CACACAAGGGGGCAGGACUGCCACACUAAGAAAGGGCUGCAGUAAACUUUUUUUUUUUUUUUUUUAACUUGCAGCUGAGUUUUUUUUCUGCCCAUCAGCAGCACAUACCUAGCGCCUGUGAGGAAAGAUGGCUACACUGGCCACAUAAACCGGACUGUAAGAGAAGGCAGCAUUAGCAGAACGCUAAGAGCAGCGCUGACUUUGGAGUGUCACCAUAAAGCUUCAGUGGAAAGGUAUCAGCUCGGGCAGCAGCAGCAGCAGCGCGACAAACAGCUCAUUGUACUGGACUUGGAGAAGAAGCAGCAGCAGCAGCAGGCGGUGGGUCGGGGGCUGCCAGGCAGCCCCUCUGUGCUUGGUUAGUGUUGCCCCUUUACCUCGCCUGACUUGCACUGUUCUCUGGGGACUUGGGAUACUUUACACCGUUACAUAUUCUCUGAAGCAAAUCUCUGGGGAUGUCCAGGACCAGGAGCCAGAAUGGGGGGAUUGGAUGUGUCCUGCUCGGGCUUCUCGUGGCUGCCGUAUUGCUGCCUGUGCAAGCUUCAGGUGAAAUGGAAUUAGCAGACUUGAAUGACCCACUAGGACAAAUGGAUAACCACGACAGGCUUGGAGCAACUCCUAGAGGAUACUUCUUGACGUUUCUAGAACCCGUGAACAAUAUGACAAUUGUACAAGGUCAGGCAGCAACACUCCACUGUAAAGUGUCAGGGAAUCCACUCCCCAAUGUAAAGUGGUUGAAGAAUGAUGCACCUGUGGUUCAGGAGCCCAAGAGAAUUACCAUCAGGAAAACAGACUAUGGCUCACGGUUACGGAUACAAGAUCUGGACACCACAGACACUGGCUAUUAUCAGUGCGUCGCCACAAAUGGAAUAAAGACCAUUACUGCCACUGGAGUCCUCUUUGUCAGGCUUGGACCAACAAACAGCCCUAACCCAAACAUCCAGGAUGACUACCAUAAAGAUGGCUUUUGUCAGCCCUAUAGGGGAAUUGCCUGUGCGAGAUUCAUUGGCAACAGGACCAUAUAUGUGGACUCACUUCAGAUGCAAGGGGAAAUCGAAAACCGAAUUACAGCUGCCUUUACAAUGAUUGGCACCUCUACCCAUCUCUCAGACCAGUGUUCUCAGUUUGCCAUCCCAUCAUUUUGCCAUUUUGUGUUCCCUCUCUGCGAUGAACACACUUCUAAGCCAAGAGAGCUGUGCAGGGAUGAGUGUGAGGUGCUGGAAAAUGACCUGUGCAGGCAGGAAUACAACAUUGCCCGCUCCAACCCCCUCAUUCUCAUGCAGCUUCACUUACCAAACUGCGAGGAACUGCCACUGCCCGAAAGUCCAGAAGCUUCCAACUGCAUGAGGAUUGGGGUCCCAGUGGAGAAACUUAACAGAUAUCAGCAGUGUUACAAUGGGACUGGAACUGAUUACAGAGGAUCUGUCAGCGUCACCAAGUCUGGCCACCAGUGCCAGCCAUGGAAUAAUCAGGUUCCCCAUAGUCACUCACUAUCUAGUGCGGCUCACCCUGAAAUUGGUGGAGGCCACUCUUACUGCAGAAAUCCAGGAGGCCAGAUGGAGGGUCCUUGGUGUUUCACACUGAAUAAAAAUGUCCGCAUGGAGCUAUGCGAUAUUCCUGCUUGCCGUACACAUGACAACACAAAGAUGGAGAUUCUGUAUAUCUUGGUCCCCAGCAUUGCAAUCCCACUGGUCAUUGCCUGCUUAUUCUUCCUAGUCUGCAUGUGCCGAAAUAAACAGAAGGCUUCAGCCUCCACACCGCAGCGCCGCCAACUCAUGGCCUCUCCAAGUCAGGACAUGGAAAUGCCCCUUAUGAAUCAGCACAAACAACAGACAAAAGUAAAAGAGAUAAACCUGUCAACUGUAAGGUUCAUGGAAGAACUUGGUGAAGAUCGUUUUGGAAAAGUGUACAAGGGACAUCUCUUUGGUACAACUCCAGGGGAACAGACUCAAACUGUUGCCAUCAAAACACUUAAAGACAAAGUAGAAGUUGCUCUUCGUGAAGAAUUCAAGCAUGAGGCCAUGAUGCGAUCCAGACUUCAGCACCCAAAUAUUGUAUGUCUUAUAGGGACGGUGACCAAGGAGCAGCCCAUGAGCAUGAUAUUUAGUUAUUCUCCACUUAGUGAUCUGCACGAGUUCUUGGUCAUGAGAUCGCCACACUCAGAUGUAGGCAGUACAGAUGAUGAUAAGACGGUUAAAUCCACUCUAGAACCUGCUGAUUUUCUUCAUAUUGUGACCCAGAUAGCAGCAGGAAUGGAAUUUCUUUCAAGCCACUAUGUUGUUCACAAAGAUUUGGCUGCCAGAAAUGUCUUGGUGUUCGAUAAACUCAGCAUUAAAAUUUCAGAUCUCGGCCUGUUCCGGGAAGUAUAUUCUGCGGAUUACUAUAAACUGAUGGGAAACUCCAUGCUUCCUAUUAGAUGGAUGUCUCCGGAAGCGAUCACUUAUGGCAAGUUUUCUGUUGAUUCAGAUAUUUGGUCCUAUGGGGUAGUUUUAUGGGAAAUUUUCAGCUACGGCCUGCAACCGUAUUGUGGGUAUUCCAACCAGGAUGUUAUUGAAAUGAUACGAAAUCGCCAGCUUCUGCUCUGCCCUGAUGACUGUCCUGCAUGGAUAUACACUCUAAUGCUGGAGUGCUGGAGUGAAUUUCCUGCUAGAAGACCACGAUUUAAGGACAUACACACACGACUAAGAACCUGGGAAAAUAUGUCCAACUAUAACAACUCUGCACAAACAUCUGGGGCAAGUAAUACUACACAGACAAGUUCUCUGAGUACGAGCCCAGUCAGCAAUGUAAGCAAUGCUAGGUAUGUUGGGCCAAAGCCAAAAACCCAGCCAUUCCAACAGCCACAGUUUUUGCCAAUGAAAGGACAAAUUAGACCUAUGGUUCCUCAACCUCAGCUCUACAUUCCAGUCAAUGGGUAUCAACAGAUGGCUGCUUAUUUUUACCCAGUCCAGAUACCAAUGCAAAUGGCUCCACAACAAAUGCCACCUCAGAUCAUGCCCAAACCCGGAUCCCAACACAGUGGAAGUGGUUCCACUAGUACAGGAUAUGUCACAACAGCGCCCUCAAAUAAUUCCACGGCUGACAGGGUUGCUCUUCUUGCAGAUGGGGCAGAUGAAGUACAGUUAUUGGCAGAAGAUAUGUCUCCAAAUCCUGUUCAGGAAGAAGAAGGAUCUGUUCCAGAAAAAGAAUUGCUGGGAGACAAUGACACAUCUCAAUUAGAUGAAACAGAUAUUCACUCAGAAGCUUAACGUGUUUAGCUGAAAAAGAAGACUUAUAAGACUAGUACAGUUCAUUUUAGCAUGAAUUUGGACAAACAUCUUCACACAGUGCCUAUAAUACAAUUGGAAUCUGAAGUUUGAGCCAUAAACAAUAAAGAUGUUUCAUGUAUGUGUUGACAGCAGCUUUUGUACAGAUUUUAUAACUCUUGGACUCAGAAUGUUCGCUACCAUAAAAGAUUUAUGUACAGUUGCUGUGCAACAUAUGGCUGAUUUGCAGUGCACAUCAUGUGCCGCAAAGACUGUGAUUGUAAAUUGAGAUGAAUGUGCCCAUGUAUUGUUAGGCAUAACAAGUAUUUGGCAUACAGCAAUGCUCUGAGAGUGCCUGGACCCCCACAAACAGAGCUCGCUGAACUAAAGCACACUAAAUUGUGAGUGUCUAGCUGCAUGGAGAACAACAUGGGAAAACUGAAAUGCACCACCAUACAAACACUGUUUGUUUUUAUCUGAGAACUGGGGAGUAACCCCCUUCUCUAUUGCUGGUAAUUUUUACAGGGUACAGUUCUUAUAUCUGUGAACCAUGUGUGCCAAACUCAUGAGCUUCCAGAUGUUGCUGGCUUAACCACGAUCAUUAAACAGCCAGUCACUGGACAGCCUUGCGAUUGGCAUCCUUGCAACAGAUCCUGGUAAUCUGAAGCCAAAAGUAUGGUCUACUGUGCACUAACCAACCAAACAUUAAUGGAGGUUUGUUGCUUUUUGUUGUAGAGACUGCAAGUUUAUUAUAUUGUUUUUUAAAUAGUUUAGUUUUAAACUAGACUUUAUAUUUUACACAAAGAGAAAGCUGAUUGCUUGGGAUUGUAUUUGGAACCCACAACAACCAAAUUUUGCCCAUUCAUAAAAAUGUAUUCCUAAAAUGUCUGCCUUUCUGCCAACUCCAGUGUUUCUUAAUAAACAAUAUGUUGUUCUGGUUGUUUAUUAAAAAAAAUAAAAUGUGUACAGACUUUUAAUGUAAUUUAUGUUUUUAUUACUUUUUAUAAACAUUUUUAAUGGAAGUAAACCCAUAAAGGAAAAACAUGGCUAAUUUAUCUGUUUAAAGUUACUUGUGUAAUUUCUGGUUUUAUGUAAUAGAUACGAUCUAAUCUAUUCAAUUACUAAAUCUUGAUUGUUUUCAAUCCACGAACAACCCAUUGCGCCUCACAGUUGUCUUUUUGUAAAUCCGGAUACUGAGAGUAUCAAAUAAAGGUGACAUAUAAAAUUGGCUAAAA